UACGGCCUCCUCUCGAUGCCCCCGCUGCCAGCGCGCGAUGGAGACCGGGAGCUGGUUGCUCGGGGGCGAGUUCGAGGAUUCGGUUUUCGAAGAGAGGCGGGAGCGGCGCUCUGGACCGCUUGCGUCCUACCGCGCCAAGCUCUGCGAGCCGCAGUGGUUUUUUGAGGAAACGGAGAGCAGCGAUGAUGUUGGAGCUCUAACUAUCAAGAAGUUCAGAGGGGACCUGGCGUACAGACGGCAGCACUACCAGAAAGCCCUGCAGGAAUAUUCCAGUAUUUCUGAAAAAUUGCCACCUACAAAUUUUGCCAUGAAAAGGGAUGUCCAGGAAGGCCAGGCUCGGUGUCUUGUUCGCCUGGGGAGGCAUGCGGAAGCGCUGGAGAUCGCUAGGAGCUUGGAAACUAAAGCGACUAACACAGACCACUUAACCACCGUGCUCCACCUCCAGCUUGCCGUCUGCUCCAGUGGGCCGAGCUUGGGGGACACCAUCUUCUGCCUCCAGAAGCUGAUUUCUUUGCACCCUUUCAACCCCUGGAACUGGGGCCGGCUGGCAGAGGCGUACCUGAGUCUGCAGCCAGGUCCCUCGGUGUCAUUUGCGUCAUCUCCCACACAGAACAAUUUCACCUCAAGUGACAAAACUAUCAGCUCCUCCUUCCCACACUCAGAAAAAGACUGUCUUUUGUGUUCCCCUGAGACGUUGCCUGAGAGCUCUGUGUUUUCCAUGGAAACAAGCAGCCGUAAUAACCAGAAGAAUGAGACUGCUCUUAAUAGUAUUCAAGACUCCAUGGCAGAAAAGAGAGAAGCAGGCUUUCUAGAGACUCAGAUGAAAGCAUGUGCCUCUUUUAUACGAACCAGAUUUUUCCUUUUUGGCUGUGUUCCGCCCACUGGGAUCUUAGAGAUUUUCACACAAGAUUUGAGAAGCUCUGGUCUAUGCAUUUUCGAAAAGACAACUCUCCAGCGUAAAGCUGGACACUUUGUUCAGAGGGAGAAGCUCCAGGCCUUCGGGCUUUUGCUUCAGCUCACCCAAGCUCAGCAAACAUCGUUUGCUUUGGAGAGGAACUUAAGGACCCAGCAGGAAAUUGAAGAUAAAAUGAAAGGGUUCAGCUUCCAAGAAGACACUUUGCUGCUGAUAGCUGAGGUCAUGGGAGAAGAUGUCGUCCCAGAAAAAAUAAAAGACGAGGCUCACAGCGAGGGGAAGUGCGUGGGCCCCGCAGCCCUGGCUGCCUUGGUGGUUGCAUCUUCGAAAGAAUUUGAAGACAAGUGGUUCGGAAAGAUCAAAGACCACCUCUGUUCCUCUGAAAAUCAGUUCCAUACACAGAUACAAAUCUCUGCUUCAUAGUUCCUUUGAAAACUAAACAUCGAGUGCUGUGUUAAUUGUCCUCGUUGACUUCAGGGAGAAUCCACUGCUAAUCAUGGAAUAUAGUGAAUUUAAAAUGAUUAUUUAUAAA